AUCAGCUUGCACCACAGAUUAAUAACAUAUGAUAUCGGAUAAUAUAUCAUAUUUACGGCACUAAGGUAAACAAAGGCACAGGCAGUUUAGAGUUGAGUUGAAUCGAGGAACGACGUCUGCGGUCAGACUUGAACAUGGAAAAAAUAUUAUUACUAUUUGUGGGUGCCCUCUUCGUCACCGCUGUACAUUGUACUUAUACGUUUCCAAAUUACAAAAGAACGACGUUCGGUGAUUCAAUUGACGUCGCUUCCAUGAAGCUCUUAAAGGAAAUAUAUGAACAAUCUGUUGACAAAAAUGUAAUUUCAUCACCUCUAGGCGUGUUGAUCCUCCUCGCCCUCUACGCAUCCGGGUCGGAAGGAAAGACCCGUGACGAAAUCAUGGCACUCCUAGGUUCAACUGAUUAUGAACAGUUUCCAGGUUCCUACAGUCAGUUGAGCGAAAGAUUCGCAUCAAUGGAUCCAAACUAUUUAAUACUCGCUAACAAAGUUUUGGUAUCUGAUAAAUACACUCUCGACGAGGGUUUCCUUAACACGGCGAAAACUUAUAAAAGCGAAGUGGAUAACAUAAACUUUAAUGAUCGGAAAAUGGCUGCGGAUGUUAUUAAUAACUGGUCAUCCAAAAAAACAAAGGGAUUGAUCGACCAACCAGUCUCCGAAUCUGAUAUCGAUCCGGCUGCUGCUAUCGCGCUCCUAAACGUCAUUUUCUUCCAGGGCCACUGGCACGUACCCUUCAACGCAAGCAAGACCAAGGAGCAGGAUUUCAACGUGGACAGGUCCACGAUCGUGAAGAAGCCCAUGAUGCACCUCAGGCAGUCACUCUACUAUCGCGAGGACAAGGAAAUGGGCGUUAAGAUGAUCGAUUUGCCGUACAAGGAGUCAAAAUUCCGUAUGGUAGUUGUUUUACCGAAUGAAGUCGACGGUCUUCCGGAUGUGCUGGACAAGGCUGCAGAGAAGGGACUCUUAGAAAAUAUCUUCCGGAUGCAUCCUACCACGGGUUCUGUGAUUUUAGACAUGCCUAAAUUUGAAACCAGGACGAAGAUAAAUCUAAAUGACGUUUUGAGCAAGGUAGGGGUGACCGGUAUAUUCAAAAAUGCAUCGUCGGGUAUAGUGAAGGAGCUCGGCGUGAUGGUCUCAAAGGCGCUGCAGGAGGCGUACGUCAAAGUGGACGAAGAGGGCGCCACCGCUGGAGCCUUCACGGGUGUGGUGGCAACACCGCUAUCGUCUUGGUCUCGGCCGCCGCCCUCGAUACCCUUCAAGGUGGACCGUCCCUUCUUAUACGUGAUCUUAAACGACGACAUUGUACUGUUCGCUGGGACCUACACCCACUAAAUUGACUUGUAUUCUAUAAUUUUUCAUGUAAAAAAUAACGUUUGUGUUAAAUAAAAGUACAUUUUUAUCUGUG